GUAAAAGAUUUGACUGAAAUACACAAAGAUUGUAUCGAAGGAAUUGAGAAAGCUAAUGAGAAGUACGCCGAAGGAUACAAUAGGAAACACCGGACUACGCCGAACUUCGCGGAAGGAGACCUAGUGAUGCUGUCGUUAGAGAAUAUUAAGACGAAGAGACCAAUGAAGAAGUUAGAUGUUAAGCAAAGUGGGCCGUACAAGGUAGUACGGCAGGUAGGUUCUCAUGCUUGUAAAUUGGAAUUACCAGGAACGAUGGCAGGUAUCCAUGAUGUAUUCCAUGUCUCCUUGCUCCGUCCUUAUCACCCUCCAAUAUUUCCUGGUCAGCAAGCUGAGCCACCUGGGCCAGUAGAAGUAGACAAUGAGGGAGAGUCUUGGGAGGUAAAGGAUAUUGUGGACUCUAGAGUAAAUAAGAGGUCAGGAAAGUUAGAGUACUUGGUAGAGUGGUUAGGUUACGAAGGAACAGACGAUUCAGUAUCAUGGGAACCAGUGGAGAACGUCGAUGGAGCUGAUGACAUAUUGGCGAAGUUCCACGAACUUCACCCUACUAAGCCGAAGGAAGGGCGACUGCGAAGGGCUAGGAGAUAG